AUGGAUAAAAAGCCAUGCAACUCAUCCCAAGAUGCAGAAGUGAGGAAAGGGCCAUGGACCAUGGAAGAAGACUUGAUCCUCAUUAACUACAUCGCCAACCACGGUGAAGGCGUUUGGAACUCACUCGCAAAAUCUGCCGGUCUGAAGCGGACGGGGAAGAGUUGCCGGCUCCGGUGGCUGAACUACCUGCGGCCGGACGUUCGCAGAGGCAACAUAACGGCGGAGGAGCAGCUGUUGAUCAUGGAGCUUCAUGCUAAGUGGGGAAACAGGUGGUCGAAAAUUGCGAAGCAUCUUCCAGGAAGAACCGAUAAUGAAAUCAAGAACUACUGGAGAACUAGAAUCCAAAAGCACAUCAAGCUAGCUGAAAAUUUCCCAGCAGAGUGUUCAUCAGAGCUAAAUGAUCACCAAGCUUGCUCGAGCCAGAUGAGCACUGGGAUUGCACCAGUAGAUGCAAUUGAAACCUACUCUCCAUCUUCACACCCUGCAAAUCUAGAGAGUACGCUGCCUGCAGCUGCUUCAUGGGGAAUUCCCAAUUUGCCCAUUGAAUCAAGUGAUAACCUCUGGAGCAUGGAGGAUCUCUGGUCGAUGCAGUUGCUUAAUGGGGACUAA